CAAAAUGAGUCAACCCAUCUCUCCUUCUCCAACACUAGCACCAGCUCUUAUCAACAAUACUUCAGAAAUCCAACAAGACCCUUCAACUGUGACUAAUCUGACCCCGAAUGAUUUGGAUGAACUUCGUAAACUUCCUCUGGACACCUUUGAUACCAUUCGUUCAAAACUGGUUCAAUUGAUCGAAGCUGUCACGACCUUUCGUUUUCAACUAGAGUCUGCACCUCAUACUUCAAAUUCGCUCACCUACCCAACCUUGAUAUCUAAAUUUCUCAUCCUCCUCAAUCAUACUGAGGCAUUGUCACAAGCCAUCAAUACCCCGGCAGCAGCUAAACCUAUCAAUCGUUUCGAACUUCCUCAAUUUCGUGCUGAACGAGAGGAACGCUCAAAGUGGGAGGAUGGACCCAGCAAACGAAGUCUGAUUGGAAACCUCGCUGUUGUACCUCGCGGUCUAGAAGGACUAGAAGAUGGAAAAGAAUGGAUUGUCGGAGUAUUAACACGGACCAAGCUGGCUCCUGAAAUUGAGAAUGUGGAACAAGAACUUCUCGACUUGCUUCCGCCCCCUCCUCCUACAGAUCCUAGCCCACCUACCAUCCGUUCGCUAAUGAAACAUGUCAAACACCUUACGUCGCUUCACGAGGAACAUAUCACGAAUUGCCGCACAGCGCUCCAUACAGUUCGUUACAAACGACAUACUGACCUUGAAGCUGAUUCGCAGUCUGCUCGCGAGCCCGGUCCGGAGGGGGAAGAGGUCUGGGAAUGGAAGAUGAGAGUUGAAGUAGAUGAUAACAACAAGGACCUUCAACCGAGCUCAACGACAGGUCUACCAAGUGAAAAUCCUAUGAUCAAAGGCUUGCUGGGUUUCAUGAGGGACGGGCGUAGUCCACUCAAUCACGGAGUUGAUGGAAUCUAACCCAGCGGCUACAUCGUUAAAUGGUGUGAUGCAGCAAAAAGUAUUACAUACAUACGCUAGUCAAGGCAUAUUCAAGAGCAAAGUACGAGCUGCUGCGUUUCUGAAUUGACAGCUAUCGGAUGAAUGCCAUCUUUACCCGACGUGCCUUCACCAUAACUGACCGUUCAUGGUGAUAUCAGACUCUUGAACGACUUUAUGUUUCUUAGUUAGCAUAUCAUGUCUUUUAUGAUGUAUCAGCGGUACUCUGCGUAUCUUUGUAUGUCCUUGACCUCAGUCACUUUUGCAUGAUUCUUAUGUAAUAUUUUAUGAUGCUGUCUCAGCGCC